AUGGAUUCAAUAUUCGAUUAUUUUAAUCAACAAUUACAAAUGAGUCAAUUCAUAGCAAUCGCGUAUAAAAACUUUAUUGACAGUGAUCCGUCGACACCUACACAAACUAAAAUAGACGAGCAUAUAGGUUACCUUAAACAUAAGUGGAAUAGGUUUACUUCAAUGAACGACACUAUUCUAUUGGCAGUCAAUAAACUCGGAAAUGAGGAUAAAAAAUUAGCGCUAUCUCAUUCUUACUUCGUUGAUCAAUUAUUCUCAACUACACGUACGUGUUACCUAGCAGCUGUUGAACAGAUCAAGUCGAGUCUUUAUGUAAAUGAACCUGUUGUGGUAGAAUCGAAUCUUAGGGAAGAGGAAUCAGUUGUCGCAAGGUCUAGUUCUCAUAUAAAUGAACCAAUAGCAACAAGGGAUAGUGUAAUUACAGAACAACCAGUUUUAACUAAUUCUUUGUCUGUUCAAUCUUUGUCUAAUGAGAUUCCUUCGACAAGCGGUUAUCCAUAUUCAAGGCUUCCGCGUAUUAAAAUUCCUACCUUUGAUGGUAAUCCGGCAAAAUGGUUAGAAUAUCGAGAUUUGUUUGCUUCUAUGGUUGUAUCUACAUCCUUAAAUCCCGUUGAAAAGUUACAAUAUUUAAAAACUAGUUUAACCGGUACAGCAUCUCAAUUAAUUCAAAAUACGGCAUUAACUACAGAGAAUUUUUCAAAGACAUGGGAAUCGUUAGUAUCGUUUUAUGAUAAUAAUCGACUUCAGAUCAACACAGCAUUAGAUUCCUUAUUCAAUCUAAAGCCUAUAACAAAAGAAUCUUCUGUCGAAUUAGAACUAUUGUAUACCACUGUGCUGCAAAUUCAUAGCACUUUGGAAACUUUGCAACAGCCAGUUGAAACGUGGGAUGUCAUUUUUGUUCAGUUGACGGUACUAAAGUUGGAUUCAGAAUCAAUAAAAGCAUGGGAAAAUACAUUAGGGAAUCAUAAGGUAUCAAUUUGCAAAGUAGAAAAACGUUGCAAGAAAUGUGGUCAAAAGCAUCACACAACGGUACAUAUCCCAGAACUUUCUUCGAAUACGAUAGAUCCAUUAGAUGAAAAAUCAGAGUCUCAAUUAUCAUCCAGUACUA